AUGACAUCAAUUGUAGAUAACAGCUUUUUAAAAAAAUAUAAUAUAUUUUCUCCAGAGUGGGAAUUCGAGGAUCAAGUUAGAAAUCAUGUGAAGAGCAUUCAACUGAUAGAUAUUAAAAAUAAUGAGCACAAAACAUUAAGGAUACCAAAUUAUUUGUUUUGCUUUUUAAAGCAUUAUUCAAAUAUUAAUUCAAAAUAUUCAAGGAAUAAAAUAGAUAACCAAUGUGAAAAAAAUGAAGAAGCACCAUAUUUGUUUCAUAUUGAUGGUAAAGUUUUUUAUGGAUAUGAAAUAUCAUUAUUUGUUUUUUUAAUUGAAGAGGAUAUUGAAUUAAAAUAUUUCAAUAAAGAGCACAAGGAAGCUAAUUUAUCAAAAAAUAAUAUGACUAAUACAUUAUAUAAUUUAAAUGUUAGCAAUCAUAUAAAAUAUAAAGAAGAUAAUAAUAGAGAAAUAUUAAAACGUUGCUUUGAAAGAGCAAACUGUUCUUAUAUAUUCCAAAAAAAUAACAACACUAAUAAUGAUGAAAUAUAUUUUGAUAAAAUAAAAAAAUAUGAAAAUAACGAUGCUAAUGAAAACUAUCCAGAAAUCGUUAAUUUAUGUAAUAUGAAAUAUGAUUCCUUCCUAUCAUUUUUAUUUAAAAAUUCCAAUUUUCAAAAAAAUAAUGAAAACAAUUUAGGAUGUUAUUAUAUAGAGGAAUUUAAUGCGUAUCUUUGCACACUACUUGAUUCUGUAAAUGAAAAGGUGAUUUUAAGUAUAUACCCAAUAAAUAAAUGGGGUUUAAAUGAAAGCAGAAACAAAGCUCUUAAUUUUAUUCAAUGUGAAGAUUACAUUAAAAAAAUAAUAGAGAAAAUAAAAUAUAAUGUGAUAAAUGUGAAACAUAAUUUAGAUAAAAUGGAGAUACAUAAUUUUAUUAAUGUGCUCAGUAUAAACAUGGGGAAUAAGACAAAUAACCAUAAUAAAAAUAAUUUAUUUUAUGACAAAGAAAUUAACACAUUAUUAGAGCAUAACACCAUGCAUAAUAUGAAAGCCAACUUAUUUUGUAAUACUAUUUGUCCUUCUACCUAUCCUUUUAAAUAUACUUCUUUAAAAAAAAACAUCAGGAGCUAUACAUCUUUAUAUACAAAUAAAAAAAUGAAGAAAGGAAUUAAACUAAUGUUAUCAUCUAUGAUGUGUCUCUUAGAAAAGGGAAAAAAAUUAAAAACAAUACCAAAUGUAAGAAAGGCUAAUACCCCUAUUCGAAAUUAUAAAAAUGCCAUUCAUAUAAACACAAAAAUGGAGAGUUCAAGAAGUAACUCAAUCUUAAAAUCCACAGAUAUGUAUGGUAAUAAAAAUAUAUGUGAACAGAAGAAAAGCGACGAAGUUAAUAAAAAUGAUUCUCUAAUAAUAGAUAGUUCAUCUAUAAAAAAAAUGAACCAGUAUGUGGAAGACUAUAUUGUUUUUACAUUGCACAGAUUUAAUGUGAAAAAUAAUUUGCGUUUUAGAGGAAGUGCUGUAAAUAUAAUAAAAAGAAGAUUAAAUAAUUAUUUGAUUAAAAGAUAUCUUGGAUUUAAUAAUAAUUCUAGCACAAAUAAAAAGUGUAAUUAUGAAAAUGACCUUUUUGAAACAUUUUUCUUAAGAACUAUUUUGUGUUUAGAGGAUAUUAGAAACGAUGUUUUUGAUAGUAAAGAAAAAGGAUAUAAUUUUGAAGAGGGAUCAUAUCGUGUCAAACAAUGUGGCGAAAAUAGUGAAUAUCAUGAAGGCAGCAAUAAUGGAAAUACUAGCGAACAGAAUAGUGAUGGUAAUAGUGAAAGAAAUAGUGAAGGCAAUAGCGGAAGUAACAAUAGUGGAAAUUCUGGGGGACAUCAUGAUGAUAAUAGUGGUGAUAAUGGAAGUAGUAGAGACAGCAAUAACGAUGGUAGCAACGAUGAUGAUAAUGGAAGCAAUAAUAAUAACAAUGAUGAUGAUGAAAAUGAAGAAAAUGAGGAAAAUGAUGACACUAAUAAUGAUGAAACUAGGGAACAUGAUUAUAGCAAUGAAAAUGAAGGGUAUAGUAGUACUAAUGAAAAUAACAUAAUAAAGGAUAAAUAUAAAUAUGUUGAUAAUUUUGAUUGUGAAAAUAUUGAUUCGAAGAAAAUAUUAAAUGGGGAAAUGCAUAAUUUUAACAAAUAUCCAUUUAAUGGAAAUAAAAGUGAAAUAAGUACAAAUUAUUUUGAAAACAGUUAUAACAUUAGCGCAAAUAAUAGUAAUAAUGGAUAUUAUGAAGAAAAUCACAAUAUGUUUUUAAACAGUGAUGAGGGUUUAACAAUAGCCAGUGUUAAUAUGCCGAAUGUCAAAAGUAAUUCGAGGGACGAAGAAAUAACGUUUGGAAAUUUAUCAAAUGAAAAUUGUCAUAGUGAUAAUGGUUAUAAUAAUAUGAAUACAUAUGUUGAAACCUAUUUAGAUAAUAAUAAAGUACAUAAUACUAGUGAUGCUAAAAGAGAUUCAUGUACCACAAAUGAAGAGCGAAUUUCAAAUAACUCGCUUGAUGACAACAAUAAAAUGAAAAACGAUAUAUAUAAUGGCAAUGAUUUAAUAUUUCACGGAAAUAAUAUAAAUAUUAAAAAUGAAUUAAUAAAUGGUGGUGAAUCGUAUGAGUCUAACCUAUUAAGAAUGGAAGGAAAUUUAUUAAAUAUUAAUAAUAAAGAUUCAGAUACAUGUGUUAAAAAAAAAAUAAUAAAAAAAAGAAAUAAAACAAAAUUGGAAAGAAGCAGCAAAAGUUUAGAUGACGAAAAAAAAGAAGUUUUAAAUAAAGUAUCACAAAUAACAAGAGUUGGUGGUGUGUGCUUUGAUAAAAAUAGACAAAGGUGGAUAGCCCAUUGGAAAAUUGACGGAAAAUACCAUAAGCAUUAUUUUCCUAUAAGCCAAUAUGGAUUUGAAAAUGCUCGAGAAAGAGCAAUAAAUUGUAGAAAACAAGCUGAAAAGCUUUUCAAUUUACCCGAAAUACAACCAAGAAAUCGAUGGAAUCAAGUAAAAGUUAACGGCACAUCUCAUAUUAAAAAAGCAUCAAAAUUACCACGUUGUGAAGGUGUAGCUUAUGAUGAAAUGUCACAAAGCUGGGUAAGUACAUUUGUUGUACAUAAAAAAUUUUCUAUUGAUGAGCUAGGUUUUUAUGAAGCACGAAAUAGAGCUAUUUAUUGCAGAAGAGCAUUUGAGAAAAUAAAUUCCGAAGAAGAUUAUGAAUUUUUACUUAAGCAAAGAUUAGGUUUAACAGAAGAGGAAAACGAGGAGUUAAGCACACUAUUCGAUUUCGAUAAAAAUGCAUUGGAAAAAAUGGAUACAGUAGGAAAUACCGUAAAUGGUAAUAAGAUAAAAAGUAAUAUGCACAAUAUGAAAAUCCAAGGUAAUGCUGAUUAUUCAUCUAUGGACAAUCAUAAUAAUAUGGAACAAGCAAAAAAUGCUAAUAACAACAAUAUGGAAAGUAAAAUAUCAAAUGAGCAAUAUUUAAAAAUUACACAAGAAGCUAUUGAAAUGAUUUUAAGCAACAUAAAGCAUAAAUCAUUACCAGAAAUUAAACUUAAAUUAAUUGAUGUUGAAAAAUUUGAAAAUUAUAAUACACUAAUUGAUAAGCAUUUUAAAUAUGUUACUUCUGUCACAAAUAUAUCUCAAUUGCAGCCUUAUAUAUCUUUGUUCCAUAAAUUUAUUAUUUACCACACAUUACCACAUAAUGUAUCUUUGAAAAAACAAUUAUGUAUUAUUGAGGCUUUAGAAUGGUCUUCCUUUUUUUCUGGCGAAGUUAACCAUAAAAUUGAUUAA